GUGGGGGAUUGAGAGGAGAUACGUGGAGAGCACAAUACCUGUGGAUUGGAGUCCAUUUGUUGACACUGUACAACGAACUUAUCAUCAUCAUCAUCAUCAACAACAACACACUCUAUUCUUCAUAUCUCAAUGGAUUGCAAUUUGCAGGCGUCUGUUAUUCCUCGAUGCCUUCCUCCAACUUCCAUCAAACAAACAGGAAGGACGCGUUGUUUUAUUGUUAAAUCCACUCUUCCUCAAAAUCAAGGAUAUCAUUCUUCCUCCAAGGAAGAAGAAGAAGAAGAAGAAGAAGUUGUUUCGAGGCGUCAAUGUCUUAAAUGUUUGUGUUCAACUCCAUUUUUAAUUAAUGCAACCAACUCAGCAGCAACCGCUCUUGAUAAGCCUCCUGGUUGCAGAAAUUGUGGUGGAAGUGGUAACAUCAUUUGUGAUAUGUGUGGUGGUACAGGAAAAUGGAAAGCUCUUAACAGGAAGCGAGCACAAGAUGUUUAUGAAUUUACUGAAUGUCCUAAUUGUUAUGGUCGAGGAAAGCUUGUCUGCCCUGUUUGUUUAGGAACUGGUGUGCCAAACAAUAAAGGUCUUCUCAGGAGGCCUGACGCAAAGAAACUGCUUGAUAAGAUGUAUAAUGGACGCCUACUUCCCAAUUCUUAGAAGUCCUUCUUGUUUGUGACCACAACUGAAUUGAGGCUUGCUAAUGCUUAUUUCUGGUCCACCAGUGACUGCAAUGGUAAUCGGCUCCUAGCUUAGAAUAUAUUUGGUCUGGAGGCAUUCCAGAACCCUAAAUUUUGCUCGGUUACUAGUUAGCACCUAUUGAAUUUCAAUAUUUUGUAUGAAAGAAAAACCAUUUUUCAAUACUAAGAUUGCCAAUAUUCACGAUUACCAAAAUGACUUCCAAAAUGUCAGGUAUAUAUAGUGUAAACAUUCAACAAACACUUCUACCAAGUAUUGCUAUGUAAGGUCCUAUAUAGAUAGUUACCAAGUAAAUACGUACAUUUUUAUUCAACUCAUGUGUAUCUAGGGUAUUAUAUCCUC